GCACUGCACACUCUGAGGAGCCGACAUGAUGGAUGGGCGGCUGUUGACAGAGUCGGAUGCAGUUGUAUCGUUGCUGAAAGUCGUCUACUGUGCAAUCGCAAGUCGUUGGUGUGGGAAAGAACUGACUGCGAAAAGUGCGGGCUUGGCAAGAACGAAGUGAACUAAUCCCAAAGGUGUACUGGAGGACCCACUUUUACUUUCCGGAGCUCAAUCGCGGAAGUCGCAGUCCUUCGAACACCAGAUUCUCUCCUCGAGCCAUUCAUCUACUCUACAACGCCAAUCAUCCAGCGCAAGGUGCACCCAGCGAGCGGGAGACAGAAAGUGGCCGCAGUCGCCCAUGCGAAGAUAGCCCUGAGUCGCCAUGUCGCAAACUGUGGGCAAGACUCGCCUUGCCUACUCUCGGACAUGGCACUACGUUGAUGUCGGCAGCGACAGUCGCUCUCUUGGAAGACUCGCAUCGUCUAUAGCGGUCUUUUUGAUGGGCAAGCAGAAGCCGAUAUGGAAUCCUUCAACAGAUUGCGGAGACUACGUUGUCGCAGUCGGUUGCCACGAUUUGCACGUCACCGGGAAGAAACGAGAACAGAAACAGUAUUAUACGCACAACACGCGGCCUGGAAGCCUGAAGCAGAUGAGCAUGGAGAGCAUGAUUGCGAAAUGGGGCGGAGGAGAAGUCUUGAAGAAAGCUGUGAGAGGAAUGUUGCCGAAAAACAGACUGAGGGAUAAGAGACUGGCACGGUUAAAAGUUUUCGAAGGUACCGCCCAUCCCUACAAGCAAAAUAUUGUCCAGUUCGCCGGAAAGCCAUAUACCCAAGGGCGUGUUAUGGAGGCAAUUCAAGCGGCAAAACCGGAAUCGAGUCAACAGAGUCAAUUAUGAUCAAUCUUCUUUAUCCCCACAUGUCUGGCGUUGGAGCGAAAUAAAUGGGAAAGGCGGAUGUAUGAGUAUCAUUUUGGUAUUAUCUACAAU